UGGUUCUGGUCCUUGGAUGUUCAGGGCGACACAUCAGGCAAUGACUGGAUGACAGAAUUUUAUCGGGUGAAUUGGCUCCGGACGAAAGCACUGCGUGAUCGUUGGAAUGAGGAGGUUAUUCUUGUCAAACAUGAAAUGCAGUGGUCCAUUAAUUUCUUUAACCACAAAGCCAAGCAAUGGCUCAGUCACAUGGACACCGCGACUUCUGCAGGGCUCACCGGACAUACAUGUUAUGCUGCCCGACAAUCUCACAUAUAUCACCAACUAGCAGGACAUGCAGAGGAUACUUUCCGGAAGAUG